UCGGGGGAUUUAUUACAUCAGAAUAGCGGCAAUAUGAUGGUUUGAUAUAACUACCAGCUUUAGAAGCGUUGUAUGCAGUUGGUACGACGGCGUUCGCUGUUACAGGAUAGAUAUAGCGCCUCUGUUAUUCCGUUAGGUCGUAUUUUCGCUCUCAGGCAGCCAUGUUGGAACGUGUUUCGGGAUGUAAACAUAGUGCAGAUUUCUCAUUGGCUGAGCUCAACACCAGUAGCCAAUCAAAAUGGACCGCGGCUUAUAUAAGCCGGUGUUCCCGUAUAGACGAGGCAGACAGGGCUGGACAGCUCGUCAACAGUAACCUAUGUCCAGAGUCUUAGAUACUCAUAACUUUGCUGGGAAAAGACAAGGCAGCCAAGGAGCAGAGGAAAUGGACCUACAGAUUGAGGUAGAGUCAGAGGAAAUGAGGGACUUCCUUAAACAGGAGGAGUGGAAAAGCGGGGACCGCUGCAUGGUUUCAGGGUGCCCUGUCUCCAAGUCCUUUGUACGGGGGAUGGCAUAUGUGGACCACUGGGCCAAGGUACAUCUGCCCCAGACAUAUUUAUACCAGUGUGUCAGGUGCGGGCAGAAGUGGGCAUUGCGGACCAGGGCCACCCGACACAGCCGGACAGUACAUAGGACGGAGGAUCUGCCCAGGAGGUUGACUGUGCCUAAUCGACACUACGUCGACCCUGGCGCAGUGUCACCACCCCCAGGUCUACAACCACCAAACAACCAGGCACCACCAAGCCCCAGGACGCCAGAACCCGUGCAGGAGGCAGUGCAGAGACCUAAUGUGGAGACCAGGCCAUGGAGAUUGGUGGAGAUGGGACCGAGGCAACCAUCAACCCUAUGGGCGCUGGCCCUUAGAUGCUCCAGGAGAAUACUGAAGGCAAACAGGGAGAAGAGAGCCAAGGAGAGGGGACUUAUGGUGGAAACCAGCCUGGUGGACUAUCUCCACCUCAUACAUGAGGAAAACUAA